AUGUCGCUGUUGGAUCCCCGCCAAUUUUUGCUUCCCGCACUUUAUUUGGACCCGACGACGCAGGCGCUUCUCGCACAAGCAUCAGCUCAAUACGGUAACGCCGGCGGCAAAAUGACGCUGAACAAUUCGUUUCGAAUCUCCGAUCUUCUCGAGCCAUCAACAAACACCUCAGAUAAUUCGCAACGCUCGAACACAUCGGAAUCGCCGUCAUCACCAAGAACAACGAGUCCCGGCAUUGAGCGUAAUUGCUCCGGGAGUCCCGGAAUGAUGGGAUCAAAGAAGGCCCGAAAGGCGCGCACAAUUUUCACCGACAAGCAACUCCAAGAGCUCGAAAACACCUUUGAGAAGCAGAAGUACCUUUCCGUUCAGGAUCGUAUGGAACUCGCUCAUCGAAUGGGUUUGACGGACACCCAAGUCAAAACGUGGUACCAAAAUCGAAGGACCAAGUGGAAACGGCAAGCUUCCGUUGGCAUGGAUCUCCUUCAUGAUGCCUCAAAUAUGGCUGCGGUUCAACAAUUGCUGCGAUCCAAUUCAUACUGGGCCAACUACCUUAAUCAGCCAGGAGGCCUUCUUCCAGGAGCCUGUAAUGGUGCAUUUCUAAAUUCAAUGGUCCUUCCUUCGGUUGUUCAAAGUCCCAAUUCCCAGCUCUCAUUGUUCACCCUUCUAGCAAACCAGGCAAAAGAAGAAGGUUCUCCAACUCAGGAUAGCAGCAAGCCUGAAACCCCUGAGCCCACCCAAGAGCAAGAUAAUUAA